UGUAGUUAUUUAUAGAAUUUUGUUCCGCUAGGGGAGGACGGAAGUGACAGAGUAUGGAAGAUAUGCGUGGAUGUACUCCAUAGCCGUCUCGAUGAGAAUAACAGGUCUGAUAUUCGCGCGGAUUUGUGGGUCCACUCGUUCCGCGCGAAAAGCCGUCGCUCUCCGUUUCCGACCAAUGUCGUCCGAGCGAUGAGUGGAAUGGAAGGAAAGAUGGACGCCUUGACGUUGGGCUCGCACAGGCUGGUCCACCUUGAUUUGAAGGGCGCACCGCCGCGGACCUGCUACUUCGAAAAGCUCUUUCCGCUGUUGCGAACAUGGGGAGCUACCGGAUUAUUGCUGGAAUGGGAGGACACGUUUCCCUACAACCGGGAACUCUCUCCGAUAGGAAGCAAUGGUCCGAGCAGUUUGGCGAGUGGAUACACGAUUCAGGAGGCUAGGCACAUCCUGCAGAUAGCGGGCGAUUGCGGUUUGGCAGUUGUCCCAUUGGUACAAACUUUCGGGCAUAUGGAGUUUAUCUUGAAACACGACGAGUGGAGAUCGCUGCGCGAGGUAGAACCUUUUCCAAGUUCCAUCUGCCCGUCAAAUCCGAGAACUCUUCCGGUGGUGAAGUCAUUAAUACGUCAGAUCGUUAGUUUUCAUCCUGACAUACAGUAUUUGCACAUAGGCUCCGAUGAAGUGUGGCACCUGGGCCUUUGCUCUGUUUGUACUAAACGAGCCGCAGCUAGCAAAUAUGGCAAAUCAUCGUUGUACCUUGAACACAUUCUGGCGAUAGCCCAAUACAUUCAGGAAACCUAUCCAUACUUGAAAAUCAUUAUCUGGGAUGACAUGCUGAGAUCGAUAGACUUACAGAUAUUGAACGAACAUUACAUCGGCAAAUAUGUGGAACCAAUGGUAUGGCAUUACAAUCCCAGAGACAAUUUUGCAUUACCUGAUGGAUUGUGGGAUAAGUACAGCGCGGUAUUUCCGAAUAUCUGGGCAGCAACUGCAUUUAAAGGAGCUACUGGUUCCGCGCAACACAUACCUGUAAUUCGACAUCAUAUAAGCAAUCAUGAAAAAUGGUUAGAGGAAUUGGGUGUUCACGUGAGUAAGGUGCACGAAUUUCGUGGUACAGCAUUCACCGGUUGGUCAAGGUACGAUCAUUAUGCCACGAUGUGUGAAUUGUUGCCCACGGCGAUACCGUCUUUAGCUCUAUGCUUGAAAGUUUGGCUUUACGGCUAUUCAGAGCAAACGCACAUGCAGGUAGCAAAGAGCUUGGGCUAUAUCGAUCAUCCAUUGCAUAUAACUCCGCAGCUCAGACCAGUCCCGAUUCCUAGCAAUUUGCUUUUUCCUGGAUGGCAAAUUGCUGUGGGCAUGGAGUGGUUUCUCAACUUCAAGACAAAAUUUCACAAUAUCGUCACCAGCGAUCAGAUCGUGACGUGGAUGAAUCCGUGGCAGGUAGCAAACAAUUACACGAAUCCCAUGCAACUGGAGAACUUGGUACCUGCUUUUACAGAAUUAUUAUUGGAAUUGUCUUCUUUGGAAGGUUAUCUGCGAGUUCAGAUGGAAGCAAUUUUCUUUUCAUCGAUGAUUGAAGAGUGGAUAGGUACUAAUGUUCAGCCAUUAAAAGUAAAGUUGAUAGAGUUGAAACAAACCACGGAGAAUCAGUUGAAAAUAAAUAGUCGCGUAUAAUAGCUUUUGUUUAAAAAAUCAGCGAUCCGACUUUGAACAUAUAUGUAAUCAACACUUUUGAAAAGCAAUCACAAUCAUAAAUUGAAUAAUCGAAUAUUUCUUGGAUGUAGAAUGAAAUUAUUUUUGUAUAUAGUAGGUCGCUAUAUGCAUACAUGUAUGCGCGCGGACAUAUACACUGUGUAUAUACAGGGUGUCAGAUUCGAUAUGGACGACCCCAAAGAUUAUAGUAGAUUGGG